UGUUUGUUGAACUGUGUUCCUCGAUUAAAAUCCAAUUUGUCAGUUGGUAAUUAUGUCCUACAUAAUCAAAUAAAUUACCGGGAUCUACUUCAGUAUCAGGCAUUAAGUGAACUGGUUUCAGAUGAUGGAAGACUUACUUUUACAAAUCGCUAAUGAAGCAAGUGGCCAAAAGUUUACCGACUUGAAGAAAGCAUCACAGGAUGCAUAUGACUUUUUGGAAUCCCAACAAGGACUAAUUAGAGACCCAGCACAUGAAUUACGAGCAAAAUGUCUUCACGCUUUCAAACUGGCUUUGGAAACCAAACGAAGCAAGUUUGUUGCAUUUGGACUCACCGGUCUUCACAGGUUACUACGAGAUGACCGUUUCCAAUCCAACUUUGAACCCGAAGAUGAUUCAUUGUGGCUGCCAUCACAACUACUUCAUGCGAUAUCAUCCUUUCCCUCCCAGUCAGAUGACACCCAAGUAGAUAUGUUGAAGGUCCUACUCAAUGUGGCUUGUUCGUCAUACUGGACCAUGAACGGAAGAAUUAUCAUCCAGAUAUUAACCUUGUGCAGUGAAGCCUACGAGUCCGGCAACCAAGCCAUCAGAACCGCGGCUCAGGCAGCCACCAGCCAGACUUUGCGCUCCUUCUGUAACAUGCUGGAUGAAGAAUCCCAAGAAACCAUUCAAAGCUCACAGCUCAGGGAGGUUGGAAGUGGAGGCAUUGACUGCUUCAAUGAAGUGAUUCCUAUCUUACAAUUCAUCUGCAGCAAACUCGACGAAGCCCAGAGCACUGACCGCAGCAGCCACAGUGUUGUGUUCCUACUAGAAUGUCUACACACGUUGGUGUCCAGUCUACCUCAGAGUAUCCACGCAAAUCGUCACUUCACUGCUUUUCUCUGGCAGAAGCUAUGUCCAGCCUUGAUAGCGUUCCUGGGAUCCCCUCGUGUCGACAAGAAGAUAGUCUCACGCCAAGACCGGCCAGCCGGAGGGGAAGCUGAAGUAGGCAGAGGCUCUGGUGGUCUCCCGUCUGCUCCUAGUUUUGACACUUACCAAGCCAAGACAGUCUAUAGUAUUGGCAGUCAGUUGGUGAGACUGGUAGGAUGCGUAGGAUCUCUGCGACCAGUUCUGGAGUCAGUCUACUACCGUAUGCUGCUCUACCCUCCUCCUCAACACAGGCUAGAGGCACUCAAAGCCUUAAGAGAACUUCUCCGCAGCCCUAGCAGGAUGGUGGACUUUGCUGGACCAAUCUUGGUGGAGGAUGAGAAGGGCUGUCAACAGAGUGAUAUGGCAUUGACUAGACUAGUGAUGGACUCCAUAGAGGAGUGUAGCCAGUGCAGUGACCCGGCCAUGGUGCACACUAGUGCCUCCUGUAUAGUUGCUAUGUUAGCUACACUGCAGGAGCUGUCCACUGGCAAGGGAGUCACCACCAAGUACAUGGACAAGAUCAACGCAUUGUACCCAACACUCAGACAUUGCGACUACAGAGGUGCCCUGACGUAUGAGAGCAUGGCCAGACUGCCCCACCUGUACCUGGAGAAGGAGAUGAACAAAGACAACACAGCUGAUGAGCAGAGUGAUAGAGAGAGCAGUAGUAGCAGUGGACACUCGUCUGGGCCUACCGAGGGGCCGGAGGAGGACUAUCAGAUAGACUCUGAUAUGGAUGAGCUGGAAGCUGAGGCAGAGAGGAGAAGAGAGGAAAGAGAAGCGCAGAGGUUGGAGAAGCUACAAGAGGCAAAGACAAUGCAAGAUGAGGACACUCAGUUUUUGAUGCCAGCAGAGUCAAUGGAUGGGGAGCGCCACAACGCCAGAUACUUCAUGAGUACCCUGGUCAACCUGGUUCCUUCCUUACUGCCUCUGAGGUCGUCCAUCCAGGUGGACGAAGCACUUCAGGAGUUUGCUUCUAAAUAUUGUCAAGAACAAUACGCGAGAAAAGACUUCAAUGGUACCAUCAUGAACGCUGAUGGAAUCUACCUCGCCACCUACGCCGCUCUUCUGCUUAACUUGAAGUUAAUACAACAAGGAUACUACGACAAUGACACAAAGAAUAUUCCCUUGAAUGAGAUGGAGUUUGUACAAGAAGUCCAUGACAGCGGAGUGUUGGUCUACCUUAGUGCUACAUGGCUGUCAGAGUUGUAUCAGCUGGUACUCACUGUCUCUCCUCUACAGAACUACAGUCCAGAGAGUUCCGACACUCCGGCGCUUAUAAACUUGUUAACAGACCUGGACGGCCUAGGCAGCAGUCAGCAAGGUGGACAAAUGCUAUCAGACUUCCAGAAGCUAGAGAGAGCAACAACGAGAGUGGAGGUCAGCCCAGAGGUUGAGGCAGGUGUGAAGUUGUGUCGACGAGUUCUUACGUGCAGUUGGGACUCGAUGUUGACUGUGUUGUCUGCACCGCUGAAGGAGCCGUCCCUGUCCACCAAGGGCUCUCGCAAGGUGUCUGCGAUGCUGCUGCUCAGCAAUGAGGCAGCCAAAGAUGCGCUGCGUAGGGACGCAGUUGUCUGCAGCCUCGAUGCGUUGCAGCGUGCGGCAACUCUCAGUAACGUUCUCGGAAUGCAGAGCAGGUGUGGAGGGAUAUUCUCUCUACUGGCGUCCGCCUCAUGUCCUGACGAUGGUGAUGUUACGCUGUUUCCCCAGCAGAGUUCUCCACUAGCUUUGGCUCUCUUGCAGAGACAAAAGAAGCUGCACGCCUCUCACGCUCUCAGCAUGGACGUUAUACUGUCCCGAGGUCUGGAGCUCGGCAGUCACGCAUCGGACUGCUGGAAGCAUGUGUUCAGAUGCUGCCUCCAUAUUAGUCAGUUGGAACACAGAUUCUUCUCCCAGUCCAGUCAGCCCGCUGGCCUCUCUAUGACCAAGAUGACCUCUAAUCCCAAGCCUCCCUCCACUUCCAGCCUAGACAAGAUGUCUGCCGCAGACAGACUCCAGUUCAGCUUCACUCCGGACGACGACGAUGAAGUGUGGGUAGAUGUAUAUAGUUUCUUGGCUACCAGCAACACAGCAAUCACCACACAAACUGUAGCAGAGCUGAUUUGUGAGAGCAAGGUAGACAGCACAUCUCAUGGCAUUCUCAGUCAGGACUAUGCAGCCAGGAUCAUAUGUGUCCUCUCUCAGGCUGUGGACAAACUGUUUGAAGAAGCAGCACUAAAGCUGAAUCUGCAGGCCCUGACGAGCUUCAUGCAGGCGUUGUGUAAGGCAUCCCAAGGCCAACUGUUCUCCCGCCACCCUCUAGCCCGUGUAGGGCCCCAGGGGCCCCGCAAGUGGUGGGCCCCAGUGCGGCUGCCUCGGCCGUGGGCCCCUCACGAUGCAGACACCUCCCUGCUGCUCACACGAGUGGGGCAAGUCAUGUUGAAGACUGUGCGUAGUGGCAGACCGUUGGUUCACAUCAUGAGAGUCUGGUCCAUGGUAGGACCUCACCUGAUGGAGGCCGCCUGUCACAAGGAGAGAGUGAUAUCCAAGAUCGCAGUGUCUUCUAUACAUGACACAGUCACAGCUCUUCUGAAUGAGCAGAAUGAGCUUCCGUACUUCCACUUCAAUGAAGCUCUCUUCAAACCAUUUGAGAAUCUCCUCUGCCUAGAGCUGUGUGAUGCUGAUGUUCAGGACCAGAUUGUAAGCUGCAUCUGUGAGUUUGUGGAGGCCAACCAGAACGAGAUCAGAUCAGGCUGGAGGCCACUGUUUGGUGCGCUGCGUGUAGUCAGCAGCAGUCAUCUCGGCUCUCUACUGGAUGUGUUCAGAGUGUUCCUAGACACAAACAACACGCUGGUGUUCUCAAACGCUGCUGUAGACUGCAUCCUGUGUCUGCUCAAACAUGUCAAGGGCAAUGACAACAUGUCAGAUGAACUGUCAGAAGAAGGCUGUAAGGAUGACAAGUCCCUAGAACUGUGUAAGGCUGCUCUCAAGUAUCUGCACCAGUGUAGCGGCAUUCUGGGCUCCAUGUACAACAUGCCUGCCUGCCCCAUGUUCCACACAUCUCACAGGACCCAGAUGACCCUGUCGCCGCAGAGAGUGGACCCGAUCAUCCCCCAGAUGGAGCUCAUGAGGCUAGACCCCGAGGUGGAGGUCGGCCCUACGGGGGAGCUGAGCUACUCUGCCCUGAGUGUGGGGGGAGAGUGUCACGACGUCAGUGCCAUGGACCGGCCCAGCGGAGUACUACGAGUGUGGGUGUUGCUGCUAGAUGGACUGUGUGGAGCCACUGUGGCUGCUUGUCCUCAGUACCAGAGUCACAUACUGGACACUCUGUUCACACUGCUGAGAGAACUGCUGGUACACCCUGGUUUUGAGUUUGGACUGUAUUGCAUCAACCAUCUGCUGUUGCCGAUGGUACAGAACUGGCUACGCAAGACCAGUAGACAGUUCCGGGGGUGGGAUAUCUACAGUGGCAACUUCAAGCAAUGCUGCGGCCUAACUACUGACUUGGUGGUCAAAUACCUCAUCCACCUACAUGAAGCAGACAAGAGCGAGUAUGGCAAUUUGAUGCUGAAGCAACUUGUCUUGUUGAUGGUGGAGUGUGUAGUACAACCUGUGGAAAGUAUAGCAAGACUCGGCUGUGCCUGUCUAAGACACAUUGUCCUGAGUGCAGCUCCGAUACUCAGCUCUUGUCAGUGGGAGGUGAUGUGUCUAGGGCUACACAGAGCUUGUUCUCUCUCCCUGUUCUCUCUACAUCAGCUGAUGGCUGCCUUCCGCCCGGGGUCUCACAGCUUCUACGGGGACGGAGCUCAUGUCAAGGUGGCCGCUCGCAGGGACUCGACCCCUCAGGAGUCUGAGAGGCUGAAACAGCUAGCACAACAGGUGUUCUUGCUGGAAGGCCAGAGAGGAGACUGGGCUGACGAAGGCUCUGAUGAUCGCAGCUACUACCUCCUGCUCUACCCUCAGGACCUGGCUCCCUCAGCCAACCCGGAGCAUUACGUGGUCCGGGUCCCCUUCAGGAACCUCCUCGUGGGACUCCUCUCUCACCAGAUGCUGCUGCAGACUGUAGGAUGCCUGCUGAUACAGGGAACACCUCACGUCAUUCCUAGCCUAGCCAAUGUUCUGCUGCAAUCCCCAUCCGGCACUCCACAUGACAAGAGUAACAACGUGGACCACACUUUACCAGGCAUGAUGCCUUACAUGAGUCAACACCACAUUCAAACCCUCCUGGCAUGUCUGGAUCUUUCAUACGACGCUGCCAUCCAGUUUGACUCAAGACCCGGCUUGAAGUUCUUGAUCCAGAAAGUAGCUGGAAUGGACAGAGCAGCAAACUUGUACCGUCAAGCCGGAGCUGCUUGGAUAUUGAAGGUCGUAACACUCUUUGACCUGAGCCUUCAUGAAGUGAAGAAGUCUGGAGCUACGCUAGACUGUGUGAAGAAAAUCAUAGAGGAGGAAGAUUCCAAACUGAAGCAAGAACUUGAAAAAGUCAAAUCGAGCCCUUUGAGUGAAAGAGGGGACAAGAUUAUGGAAACGCCCCCGUCUGGGAAUUCAGAGAGUGACUGUAACGACAUGACAACAUUCCUGCUCAGAUUGAGGCAGAGCUUUGACAAACUGUGUGACACGUACAUCGACGUUGUACUGGACAAAGAUGGCACACACUCUGCGGUCGAUCGAAUUUCUGAUCAACCCAUAUUUUUCCUGAUUGCGCAAACUGACGAUUUUCCCGAUAUAAAAUGGAAGGAUUUAUCCGACGAGUUGGUAAGUAAUUUUGAAGAGGCUAAAUUAGACGAUCAGGAUUCAGGUGAUGAUGACUCGGAUAGUGAUAAAGAAGAUGAAGAAGAAAAAGCUGUACCCGAGAAGGGGAAAGAUUCGAUUACUGAUCAAGACUCAAAAGUUCAUGACAAUGUGAAGAAACCUUUUAAAUUUGCUGAUCUGGCUCAGCAGUACAAUGACUCAGCGAGUGAGGGUGAAACAGACACUCAGCCACAGAAGGAGGAAAGUGUCUACAACGUGGCUGGUGGAAGUGAUGUUGAGGGCCUCAUGGAAGAGUACAAACGUAGAAAACAACUCUGUGCACUGCCGUUGUCAGCUAACGCGGAAAAACGUAAAAACCCUUUCAACCAAAGGAAAACCUCAAUUGAUCCUCCUCUAGUCCCAACUGAUCCUCUUCCACCCGAGAUUGAGCAACAGAGGAAGAACAGCAUAUAUAAGGACAGCGAGGCUCACAUGGCCGUGUGGGCGGAGAUGUUGGUGUCGGUGUUUGACCUGUUGUCACAACUGGACGACUCCAGGUUCCGCACACUGCUGCCGCUGCUGUUCCACGGCGUGCGCUCCCUGACUCAGCACGCCACACACCCCACGCUCAAACACGCCAUCGCCUCGUUCUUCCACAGGGUAGCGCUGCUGUACGGGUUCAGUCCCGAGUAAAAGCUUUACGAGAUGAAGGCUCUUGCAACGGUUCGUAUUUGUUUGUGAGCGAGUUGGGAUCGAAAUGUAGUUUCAGGUGAGUUGGAGUUUUACAACGUUUUUAAAAGUAGCUAUUCAACUUUUUGUGUCAAAGUUUAAUUCUGUGAAAAUGUGAGGAUAAAGGAUAAUUGUGUUUUGAAACCAAACUGUUUAAAACAAGGGCUAAAAUUUGAAUAACCAAUUUUAUUGCUACUCUGAGUAUUUGAUUAUCUUUUACUUUAUAAGUAAGUCAUCAUUUGUUACCUAUUUAGUAACAAAAUAAGAUUUAGGAUGGUCUCCUAUAAAAAAAAAGUAAAAAAGGCAGUGGCAUUAAAAAAAAACACAUUAAUUAAACUGGAUGCAAAUUACUUGUUUAACUAUCCAAACAUGUAGUUUUAGAGACUAUUGCGGCAUUUUCCAUUAUAAUUAGUAAAAAACCACAAUCUUCACAAUGUUUCGGGAUCUGGAAUAUGAUCUUGUCCUUUUAAAAUGAGAAAGUACUUAGAAGACAACCAGCUUAGAUUAGUCUAGAUUUGUUUUAUCUAAGGGGUUUUAAUGUUCUUGUUUGACUACUAUAUACGUUCAUAUUUUUUCACACAUAUUGAUGAUUCCUCAGCUUUAGUUGGGUUAUGCUUGAUCUUAAUAUGUAGUAGGCCUGAUGACAGGGUAUAACUUCAAAUCCCAAAACAUUGUUAAAAUGUUGCUAUUCCCAAUCGUGAUGGAAAAUGUCUGCGAUAAUGUCUUAAAUAGCAUGAGUUCACCACUCGCCAAAUAUAACCUUUAAACUUGUCCAAACUUUCAAAUAAUACCAAAAACCUUAUCCUCAAAUUCCAAGCAAGUUAUCUUUGGAAGUUAAACCUUUGCAAGAGCCUUAACUUAACAGCACUAACGCAAGACUUGUUGUCUAGUCAAUAUCUCUCUCUUGCUUCUAUUUUAUACAGAAGACUACUAAAUAAUUCAAACCAUCUUUACAACUGCAGUUUUAAGUGUUGUUGGUUUUCCAAUCAGCUUUGGAACUUAACAAUAAUGGUUGAAAGAAUAAUUUAGCAGUCUUAAAUAUCUUGCAACUCUCAAUUAUUAGUUUUAAGUUAUAAGUAUUUUUCUUAGGUACGAAUGAUAAGUCUGGUAUGGCCUAUAAAGUAUUGCAACAUUCCAAUUUUGUUUUUGUUUUCACUUCUACACACUGUACUAGCACAUUCUAGUCAAUUAUUUGUUUCCUUUAUAUAAUACACUUAACCCACC